GAAUGGCUGCUGGAUUGAUCCGGAUGCAUUUCCACGACUGCUUUGUUAGGGGUUGCGAUGGUUCUGUUCUCCUCGACUCGACUACUGGGAACAAGGCUGAGAAAGAUUCGCUUGCAAACAACCCCAGCCUCCGCGGGUUCGAGAUCAUUGAUGAGGCCAAAGCCGUGUUGGAAUCAGAAUGCCCUCAACUGGUGUCCUGCGCCGACGUUCUUGCCUUUGCUGCUCGGGAUGCCGUCCACAUGACCGGCGGUUUCUACUACUCUGUACCUGCCGGACGGCGUGACGGACGUGUAUCUAAGGAGUCUGAGGUGCUCGAUAACCUGCCCUCACCAACCUCUAAUGUGGACGAACUGGAAGAGAAGUUUGCAGCCAAGGGGCUUUCUCUUGAAGACAUGGUCACUCUAUCUGGUGCACACACCUUGGGUGUGUCUCACUGCUCAUCGUUUUCCGAUCGGCUUUAUGGCUUCAGCAACUCGACCGGUGCUGCCGACCCAUCCAUGGACUCUAAGUAUGUGCGCUACCUGAGGACAAAGUGCCCGGAUCCGGAGUCGUCGACCCAGGAUCCAACGGUGGCUUUGGACCCAGUGACACCAAAUAGGCUGGACAACAAGUAUUACGUGAACCUCAAGUACCAGCGAGGGCUGCUCACAUCGGACCAAGCACUGACAGAAAGGGCAGACACGGCCAGGAUGGUGAACCAAAACGUGAACCAAGGUUCAAUGUGGGCUCACAAGUUCUCUGCAGCGAUGGUGCGGAUGGGCUCGAUAGACGUGUUGACUGGAUAUGAAGGGGAGAUCAGGAAGUCUUGUAUGGUUGUUAAUUAA